CACAAAUUAAAAUGACACCCAACCUUUAGAUUUUUUUUAAAUAAAAGAAAUAAUCAUUAGGUGUUUUAGGAACUCGAAGCGGAGACUACCAUGAUUUUAAAAACUGCGUUGGUAGCCAUCUUAGUGGAUAUUGUUCUCGGAAGUCACUGGCACCCAGAAGAUAAGCAUCAUCAUGCACCACAACCUUAUAAAUUUGGAUAUGAAGUCAAGGAUAAAGAAGGUGCUCAACACCGACAUGAGGAAGGUGAUGGUCACGGUAAUGUUAGAGGCAGUUAUGGCUAUACCGAUCAUAAAGGACUUUAUAGGGAAGUUCAUUACAUAGCAGAUAAAGGAGGCUUUAGAGCUGUUGUUAAAACCAAUGAACCAGGAACUGCUAAUCAAAAUCCAGCAGCAGUACAAGUUCACGCAAAUCCUCCCCACCACCACCACCAUGCACCACACCACCACCACGCACCAUACCACCAUGUUGAAAAUCACCACGGUUCUCAUUUACAUAAUCUACACCAUCACCACGGUGCUCAUCUACACAAUCACCACGUACCAUUUAUUGGCUACAACAGCAAUUACUUUGCUCCUCUGCACGGAUACAGUUACAAUCCUUCCAUAUUCCAUAACUAUGGAAAUUGGCCGUUUGCGAAUGAUAACAAAUACCAUCAGUUUCACAAACACGCUCACGAAUACUCAGCACUGAAUGACCAUCACAAAACGGAAGAUCCUCACCAUUUCAACCACUUCCAUGGCUUCAAUGGAUUUAAUUUUGAUAAGGAAGGAUUUGGUUUUGAUAAGGAGGGAUUCUCUGGCAAAAAUGGUUUCGAAGAAGCAUACAAGGGACUUAACUUUGAAGCGGACUUAAAAGAUGGAAAGCAUAAAAGUUGGAGGUAUGGACAUGGUAAUUUUUAAUCAUGGAGGCACUCAUCUACAUUAUCGCUUAUUUAUUACUUUCAUUGUAAACGCAUAAUUUCAUUUAUUUCUUGAUAUUAAAAGAAUUCCGGGAAUUAAAAAUCCUUUAGGAUAAUCUCCUAAGUUCUUUUACCAUUGGAUAUAUAUAUAUUAAAAAAAAAGCCGUAUCAAAACUUUGAAUGGGAACUAUCCCUACUAAUUACUGAAUAAAUUGCUCGGAUUUUAAAACUAAUAAACAGCUUAUAUAUGUACUGACUUUUCAAGCAUUAAAAAUUUGGAUCAAAAGCGCUCUUUUCAUAAACAAUAACAAAUUAAUAAAUAGUGCAACAAUAAAUAAAUAAAUGCCCGAACAUCCUUCCUUGUUAUUUACGAUGAAAUUACUGUUCUGU